AUGGAUGCUAAGCACAGACACUCGGAAGAGGAGCUGGUGUCGCCCUACUACAGCGUUAUGCCCGCUCCUCUACAGGGCACAGAGGAGGUUCUGAAAAAGCGGAGAUGGAAUCACAUACCGAGCAGCCCAUCACUAAAGCGCAGCGCAGGGCGAUGGAGUCGACCCGCUGUCGAAGCUGACGCCACCGCAACGUCGAUGGUUGCCACCGGGAAAGCACGACAGCCUACGAGCCAAAAGUCGAGCAAGCUGGUUUUUCAAAGAAACUCGUCAGCAUCGCCGUCCAGUCGUGGAAUCGGGGAAGUAAUGACUGCGCUGCAAGAGUCGCCAGGGCAGGAAGCGCCUUUCAACGACGAUGAUGGCGCUCCGAGUUCAACAGACCCGUUAUUCGAGUCCAGCCGUGCCAGCUCAUCGGUGGUUGCACUCCCAUCCGGAACGAGCGACGGGGGAUACUUCUUACCAGAGUGGAGUAUCGUCAGCGAAACAGCACCGGUGGCUUCCCGAACAGUCGUUCCUCUCAAGUGCCCCCCCAGCGAGCCCCGCUGUCAUUCAUGUAACAGCGCCAGCAGUGCCGUGCCGCACGUAUCUGGCGAACCUUUCCGAGAGCGCAUGGAUAGACGCAGCAGCUGCACGCAGCAGUCACACAAUCCAUGCGUGCGGGACACCAGCCCGCAAUCUGGGCAAGAGUGGGUGUGCAGCAGCAGUGCAAUCCCCAGCCCGCCCCGCAGUCACUCACAGUACUACAUGACAAGCAGUAACUCUUCCUCGCUCCGGUUCGGUACGCCAUAUCAGUUUCAGGCGCAACAGAAAGAGCAGCACCGGGAGCAGCGCAGGGUAGCGAGCAUGGCGCCACCGGAGCUCAACCCCGAGGAAUUCACUCGUAUGUUCCCCAUGGAGCCAUUCAGGAAUCCUCAUGGGGGCCCAGUGGACAUCUGUGAGGCUUUGCGAGCCCCACGAAGUCGAUUUGCCGCAGUAAACGGCGUCGUUCCCGCUACAAUCAUCAAGCGAGGAGACUCCUCGAAACUCAGCAACUACAGCAGCAUCACAUGCUUCAAUGGCGGCCACACAGACAGCGCGUCACCUCUCCGUGAGCGGCAACGCUGUCAACCCGUCGACGCGGCCCCCCUGGGAGUGCCGUCGGCUGCUGGCAUUCCGAUCGCCUCGCGGCCAGCGCCGCCGUCAUUUCACCGGGUACUGGUGAGUAUCAAUCGCCGCACCCCCCUCCGCAGCGCCACAAGCGGCUUUGAGAGCGGAUCUCUUGUAUGGCAGUCCAUGUACGGAACCAACAAUGAUAGAAAUGGCGAAUGGAGCUCGACCGAGCUGGAAAGACAAGGGAUGAGUACCGCCGGCCGGAGUGUCGUAUGUGGCGGCUAUCAGAGCUUCUUUCACUCAACCACAGGAGGACACCUGACGCUCUCUGAAAGCGACCCGAGUGGUGGCGGGGCAGGUGCUGAUGAGAACCCAGCACGACGUUGUGGAGAGGCCAGCUCCUUGUACGGCCGCACGCCUAACAGUGUUGCCGUGGUGUCGAGCCCCGUGUCAGGAGAUGAGGGCGGUAACGAGGACAGCGAGGACGUCAGGGAACAAUGCACAAGCGACAAAAGGGUCUCACUGGAAGCCAGCCCGCGCCCGCACGAUACCUCACCGCUGCAGAAUGGGCCAAUCUCCGUGCGGAGCUUCCUGUACGGUAGCGGCUUUGAGUCCUGCAAGCACCUGGCCCCCAAAUCGAGCAUGACCAGUGCUGCCUUUAUGAGACAGUCGGGCAUUUUUGGCGGCAGCACUCUACACGACGACAGCAAUGACGAAGACGAUGGUUAUCGAGUGUCGCCGAGCACUGAUUCGUCCCAGUGCUGCACGCUCGACCGAAAAGGUACGAUGACGGCAUUUGGGUGGGUGAUGGAAACUGGCAAGGGUCGGCUGCGAAAUAAAGAGGGCGGCACUCGCGGAGAUUGCGCCAGCGACGACGACGAGGAUGGUAACAUAGCGGAGGACAAAGAGGACGAUGUGGAUGGCGAUGAUGACGCCAAUCGACGGCUGAGCUCUACCCUCACCUGCAUAUCAAGGUGUAACAGUCACAGCAAGACGGCGCAUCACAACAGCAAGGUGAUGGUGCGGAGCAACGCGAACAGCGAUGAGGAUGCGGACGAGGACGGUGACGGCGAAGACGGCCCCACCUCGCAGUCACGGCAGACUGCCUUAGAACGUAUUCAGUCUGACAAGGAGGAACUCUCUGACUCCAGUGAGGCUGAUGAUAAGGUGGAGGUGCGCGAAGGGAGACCUGCUGUGGACACCGUUCCUUCGCUGCCGCCUGGAGGUGGUGGAAGCAGCAACGUGUACCGAAGGGUGGGUCCUUCAGUCGCAAAUUAUCGCAGGUCCAUUCCCAUUCACUAUUAUGUGUCACCUCGAGCGAACGUGAUACCGCCGACUGGCUAUCCAGGCAGGUGUGCCGGGUGUGGUGCGCAUGCAGCUGCUUAUCUGCACAACUGUGGUGGUUAUCAACGACUAAAUUUGGCGCGGUCGCGGCAAGACGAGAGGAACUGGCACGCGCAGCCCACUGGCUUCGUAUCAUCAUCCCCUACUAACAGCAGUGGUGAAUAUACGAGCUCCUCUGCUGGUACCACUCCAGUUACGUACGAGUCUCCUCCUCCCAUGUUCCGGCGGACGGCAACGAGCACAAUGGUGCACAAACUGCUGGGCCUUGACCCCGAGGCUGAAAUUAUUCGCGUGAGGUCACCCCUCUGGUGGUGCCUGCCUCGCUAG